CAUAUACCGAUCUUCCUCUGCCACCCUUGAAGCCCCGAAAGGUUUGGAUUGUGUAUUCUGCUGAUCACCUGCUGUAUGUGGAUGUGGUGCUGAAGUUUGCUGAGUUUCUGAUGACAGUCUGUGGCACUGCUGUAGCCUUAGAUCUGCUAGAAGAUCAUCAGAUCUCAGAGUUAGGGCCGUUACCUUGGCUUACUAGACAGAAGAAGGAAAUGGAAGACCUAUCUUCAAAGAUCAUCAUCUUAUGUUCACGGGGCACGCAGGCCAAAUGGCAAGCCAUGCUUGGGAGCGAGCCUGUGUGUCUCAAGCAAGAUCAGCAAAAGCCAAUGGGAGACCUGUUCACCCCAGCCUUGAAUUUGAUCCUGCCAGAUUUCAAGAAGCCAGCCUGUUUCGGAAUGUAUAUAGUCUGCUAUUUUGAGGGGAUAAGUAGUGAGAAAGAUAUACCUGAUCUGUUCAAUGUCACAUCCAGGUACCAACUGAUGGACAAGUUUGAGGAUAUUUAUUUUCGGAUUCAGGACUUGGAGAAGUUUGAACCUGGGCGCAUCCAUCGAAUCCGGGAAAUAACAGCUGAAAAUUACAUUGAUACCCCUAGUGGGAGGAAGUUGAAAGAGGCAGUACAAAAGUUCAAGAACUGGCAGAUGGAGCACCCAGACUGGUUUGAGAGUGAAACCAUCUGCUUGGAUAAUGAUGAAGAGUUGCAGUCCCUAAACAGAGAGAGCCAGGUGGAUUCAUUGCUAAGUGAACCAGGUGGAAUUGUGAAACACCAGCUGCACCUACGGGAGCCUGACCCUAACUGCUGUUAUGUCAUCAACCUCCACAUGCAUGAAGGUGAAAGUAGAGGCUGUAAACUGCAACCUCAACUUAAUCCAUGUGAGGAUCCGACUUCUCAGACUAUGGUCCUUCCUAUGGAUGAGGCUCCUCUAGUUCAGGUAGUGGAGCCAGUCUCUUCCACGGAAGAUAGAAAUAUACUGGGUCAUCAUGUGCUGAGUAAUGAGGACUGUAUGGAAGGAGUUCCUCUUCUAGAGACAAGCUUUCCAAUGAGGAAUAACAUCAUCCUCCACGAUGACUCUGAAGUUUCAGCAAUAGAUGACCAGAGUCCUGCAAACCUCUCGGGUGAACUGAGACACCAUCUGAAUGGACUCAUGUACUCUCUUUAUCAGCAGAGUGUCAUUCCUUCAGAGCCAUCUCCCUGUCAAGAGGAGGCUGACAAGCAACACCAGUUGGUCUUUGAUGACCAAUGCAAAGACCAAAGACAGUCAGUGCAGUCAGACCAGGGCUACAUCUCUAGAUGUUCUCCUCUGCCUCCUGAUGACCUUGUGGAGGAGGAGGAGGAAGAGGAGGAGGAGGAUCAGGAAAAACAGGUGGUCUUCCAUGAACUCUCUCCAGAGGUCUUGAACAGUCUAAAGAGCCUCCAGCAGCAGCUGUUUUUCCAGGACAUUCAACGGAGCUCUGACUGGGGGUAUCCAGCUGAGAUGAUGGACACUGGACAAUCUUUGGAGGACUGUUAGGCUCUAUCUGGGACCUGCUCCAUUUGAAAUACAGGGAUGGAAGGUGGUACCGUGCACCGUGCUGAAACUGUGUUUCCAACACCGUCCUUGUCCUUGUAUUAUAAAUGACUUACUGGUGGGAUCUUCCUGUCGGCUGCUAGGAGGCAGCAGACUGGUAACGUUGCUUCCAAUCUCUAUGGAGAGAAGCAAUGAAUAUUAGCCACCCCUGUGAAAGAACAGACAGUGGUUCUGUUCCUCGAGGAAAUGUACUACAUUGAGUCCUCGCUGACAGAUGGCAGAAAAAUUAUUGUGGCUCAUCCACUUGUGCCUUCAAAAUGCCCUCCAGCUGUACUGGUUCUAUUGCACUGGAUAAAAGUCAUGGCCAGGGUUUGGAAAAUAGAUUUGGAUAACGUGGCAAAA